AAUUGAGCCUGCACCAACAACAGGGCAUCGCCGGAUUUGCUGCAAGCAAAAGCACCGAAGGUCGGGACGCGUCUGUCACGACUCAGCGGGGAAAGGAGUGGUCCGUGGCGAUCCAGCCCGUUGCCGGGCCAGGGCAGUCCCUGGUUAAGACGAGGCCACUUCCGGUUCUUUUGUGUAUUCCACACGUACGUACAUGUUCCACGUCGUCGUCUUCCCCUUCCCGCAGUCUGAAGUCUCAUCAACAGACGGAUGAAGAAGACGAGUCAUUCCUUGAAAGGCAUGGAUGUUUCGUUGCUGCAAGCCCGGCUUUCAUUGGUGGGCGUGCCGAGCCUCGCUCAGCUUUGAGCUGUUGCCCAAGGCAGCUGGGCGAGCAGGGGGAGGCCGCUCCUUCCGACCGCUGUCGUUGUGUUGGUUUCUCGCUCCCCACUCCCAACCCAUAGUGCCCAGUGCGACGCUGGGCCAAGGAAAUAAAAAUAAUUCAGCCAACCGCCUCCUUCUGGCUUCUGAUUCCACUCCGGUGUCCUCGUCCGUCACCGUCGCUGGUUUCUGUUCCUCCUCAUCACCAUUGCAUUGCUGUUGUAUUCUCCAGACCAUCACGGCCCGGGCCUGUCUGUCUCAGCAACCGAUCUGUUCUGUGCGCCGUGCUUGUACACGCCGGCUUCCAUUCGAUCUCCUUUCGUCUCUCUUUCGUGCUGGGCCCUGUCCGUUCGCCAGUCCGUCGCACCUCACUACGCGUACUUGCCCAUUCGGCGAUUUCCCACAACGCCGGAUCACUCAUAGCGGCGUCUGUCGGGAAGAUUUUGUGCGUCGUUACUUCGAUUCUCUGAGCACGGGCUGCACGCAGCGAGCCCUCAAAUACAGGUGCACAGACUGGCCAUCCGCCUCGAUCUCGGUCAGCCAUCGCCUCCUGGAUAGUCAGUCUCUGAAUCUCGUAAGUGCCAACCUUCCGGUCCUCUUACCCGCCUCGUCACAGCGGCAAGUCAUUUGAAUAUUGCUGGUUAUGGUGUUCUUUUCGGAAGCAGC